GAUAAAAACUUACGUUCGUAAUAGUGCAAGUGAUAUGUAAAGUGAAAAGAUUUUUAUAUGUUAUAAUUCUGAUAUUAUCUGUGUUUCUUGGUGUACAAAAAUGAAUUUAGUUUAAAAAAAAAACUGUUCUUUUUUUUAUUUGUGUUCAGGAUUGGAAUUGAUUUUUCUUAAAUCCCUAUCGCUUGCUAUGAGAUUAUAUGGACCGUGAAAAUGGUGUAGAAACUUUGAAUCAGUGAAAUGUGAAAAUAAUAAACGAUGUUUUAAGUGACGGACGUGAAGUGGACACGAUGGCUUUAACGAUUUGUUAUCUCAUAGUGAUGUGGAUCUCAAUAAUCCCGCUGCAUCGAGCUGACAAUUUAGAAUUACUACUUGGGACACUCCGAACGCAUCAAAAAGCCGCCUGUGACGAAGAAAUGGUGACCCUCAUAUGUCCAAGGGGAACCACUAUUAGUAUACAAGUGGCUCAGUAUGGGGCCUCUGCUUCUCAAUCAUCCUGCGCCUCUGAGCUGACGGAAUACCAGCCGGUUGCUGUCGAAGUCGUUGGAGACACGUCGUGUGUCUGGCCUAGUGCAUUGCAGUAUUCGUUGUUGCAGACGGUAGUGGAAGCGUGUCAGAAGAAGCGUCAGUGUAAAUUCCAUACCAGCCCUAAAGCUUUUGGAGUAGACCCGUGUCCAGGAUCCCGAAGAUUCGUUGAGGUAGCCUACAAGUGCCGUCCAUAUGAAUUCCGGAGUAAAGUGGGCUGUGAGAACGACGUGCUUCAUUUAAGCUGUAACCCACACUCGAGAGUAGCCAUAUAUUCAGCGCAGUACGGGCGGACCGAGUACGAUUCAAUACAAUGCCCGCAGCCGCGGGGAAUGAAAGAAGAAACAUGCUUGGAGCCCUAUGCAACGGAAACAGCGAUGAGAGAGUGUCAUGGAAAACGGCGCUGCGUUCUGUCUGCGGACAGUAAAAUGUUCGGGAAACCUUGCAGGACUGGAAGCCGUACUUACUUGAAAGUUGUUUACACCUGUGUUCCUCGGACGGUACUGAAGGAGCGGUACGAAAGUGCUCCUGAAGAGGAUGAAGUCGCUCACGAUGCUUCCGAUCUUGAACACGAUGAUGUUGACGAGUCCAAUGAUCGAUGGUGGGGGGAAUCAGCAGUGCCACCAGCACCCGCAGUUGCUGCUGUUCCACCACAAAGACCUUCAAUAUCUACAAACACAACAAGCAGAGAUGAGCCGUCAGCAAUACCACCAAGGCAACAUUUGUCUAAUGAUGAUCAAUUCGACAUGAUGUACGUCUAUAUCAUCGCUGCUGCUGCAGGAAUGUGCUUAAUGUGCCUUAUAAUUGGUGUAGUCCGAUGCGUAAUGCACAAAAAUACCACAGAACAAGCUAAAGGACCCGAUGUCUCCGCUUCCACAGACAUCCCAAACGGCUUCAACGACAGCAUAUCGGAAGUCGAUAACGACAUUAACAUCACUAGUCUCUCGGGACCAGUCGACGCUGUCGACUCGAGUCUAAAGCAGGAAAUGCAAAUCUCAAGCAUGGUGACGAACCUCAGUCCAAAAAUUAAUCGAUACGUUGGUCGACCAGUGCCUAAUACGUAUCCUCAUGUGAGCACAAACAUGUACGGUCAGGUGGCCGAAUUCCCUGUCGAAAUGCCUCUUCGAACGAUGCCUCAUGGUACGCUAGGUCGCGGUGUUGCGGUUAAGACUCUACCUCGAAUUCAAAUGCAAACAGAAACGGAUCCGAAUACGAGAAGUUUAUAUCGAUAUUCAAACGCUCAGUACUACUUCGGGUGACAACAAGACAAUGGACAAUGUUCGGACGUAUCAAGGACUUACUGUUUCUAGUUGGAUCGUGUAGUGAAAAGAACUUUAUAAUGUCCUACUUUUAAAUACAGAAACUGUGAUAUUAAUUGAAACUUUCCUAUUCUACUGAGAACUGUUUUCAAACUGCUGACAUAGAAAGCGCUGUGUUUUUAUCAAGAUUUAAAAUUAAAACUCAGAUAGUUUGUCUUUGAUUCUAUUUUGUUGCUAUUGGUUGGGAACUAUUGCUGAAAAGAGGUUUUAUUGGAAAGGUUUAAGUUGAAUCUAUGCUAUAGUUGGAUUGGAUGUAUUAUAAUUUGAGUAGUUAUUAUUGUAAGUUUUUUAAAAGGAACCAAUCUGG